AUGGCCUCGUACCUCUACAUUGCGUCAUCGGCAAGCCUGGCCGUGAUCGUGUAUGCAGCCUUCAAGCUCAUUGAGCAUCGCAGAUUCUACGCAAACUUGCCAAAACCCCCUGGCCACUCGAUUCUGUUUGGUCAUCUAAAGUUAUUCGGCGAUAUCGUCAAAUUGUUUCCGGCAGGGACCCAUCCUCAAUACUUCUACACCUAUCUCUCCCGCAAAUACUCACUUCCCGAUGUCUGGUAUGUCGAUUUAUGGCCGAUUGGGCCCCAGCAGGUCGUGAUUACCGGACCCGAUGCCGCUGCACAGGUCACCGCCAUCCGAUCAUAUCCGAUGCACCCAGAAGUCAACCGCUUCUUGGCUCCAAUGAUCGGAGACAAUGUCAUCGCGGCAACUAACGGGCCCCUAUGGAAGAAAUUACACCAUAUGAUGGCACCUGCAUUCACACCUAGAUACGUCAAGACACUUCUUAGUACCAUCGCAGACGAGGUUAUGCUAUUUCAUGGCAGAUUGCGAGAGCUUGCCAAAGCGGGCGACGUGUUCUCUAUGGAAGAAGAGCUGUCGAAACUCAGUUUCGACGUCAUUGGUGGCAUCGUGUUCGGAGUCUCGUUCAACGCCCAGCGAUCUGGGUCUCUCAUUCUGGACGACCUCAGAGCAGUACUGAGCUUAUCACAACUAAUUAGAGAAAGCUGGAAUCCUAUAACAAAGAUCCAGGCAUGGUGGUCAAGGCGGCAGGCGAUCAAGCGCUCCGAUAUUUUUCUGCAAAAGCGACUCGUGGAGAGAUAUCGAGUCAUGAAGAACGAGAAGAAUAUCCCAACCAGGCAAAGUGCCAGAAGUAUUCUUGACCGGAUUCUGCUGGAGCGAAUUGAGAACAACGGUGACGCUGUCGAGCAGCCCCUGGGCCAGGACUUCUUGGAACUUGCGGUAAAUAACCUGAAGGCUCUACUCAUUGGUGGUCAUGGAACCACGACGGAUACUCUAUCGAUAUUGCAGGACAAUCCUGCCAAGACAAACGAGCUUGAGUACACGUCAGCCGUGAUCAUGGAGACGUUGCGCAUCUUCCCCGUGGGAUUCUCUAUCCGCGAGUCACCCCCAAAUGAGUAUGCCGAAUCUGCAGUUCAAAUCGCGUUCAUUCCCGACGGCCGGCCAGAUGAUCGUUCUCUGUCAACACGCCACUCACUUCGAUCCUAA